CGAAUCCUGUGGCGCCGGGUGGAGAGCAUUCAAAAUAGUAAAGAUCAGGCAUUGAAAUGCAUAUUUUUGUAUUUCUGACAGCUUAGAAUGGCGAUAACUGUGUUCAGAUGUAUCGAGUGCAAUGAGGAGGCUAGCGAGCUUCAUCGUGAUUACAGCAACGGGAUUUUAAAGAUUACAAUAUGUGACUCGUGUAAGAAGCCAGUGGACAAAUACAUUGAAUACGAUCCUGUCAUUAUUCUGAUCGAUGCCAUCUUGUGCAAAAUCCAAGCAUUCAGGCACAUUUUGUUCAACAUAGAGAUAAAUAUUCACUGGAAGCUGUGCGUGUUUUGCCUUCUCUGCGAAGCCUACUGGCGGUGGUCCCAGCUACAGGGUUCAGAACAGACCAGUGACCCUGCAGACAUCAUCAGAUACACCAGAGAAUGGGACUUCUAUGGCAUGUUUGGCCUCGCAGCUCUUGAGCUGCUGGUAUUUGUGUUCGGGGUGCUGCUGUGCCUGGGGCUGGUCCAGAGGGUGAGGGGCGGCACGCUGGAGACCGGCCUGCUGCUCAAAGCCCUGCUGCUGUCCAGCUACGGCAAGGUGCUCCUCAUCCCCGCUGUCAUCUGGGAGCACGACUACUCGCCCCUCUGCCUCGGCCUCGUCAAGGUGUUUGUGCUGACCUCCAACAUGCAAGCUGUCAGAGUCAUCCUGAACUGCGGCCGCCGUCUGUCCCUGCUGGCUGUGAUGACUGGACUGUCCUUGGAGACCUGGGUCACCCUUACCUUCCACAAGCUCCAGUGGCACACUCAGGACCUUCUGCAAUUCCAGUGACCCUGUGAUGACCCCCCACCCAAAAUAACCCAGCUCUGUUAACCCUCCUUGUUGAUUUAGCAACAGGCGGGACUGGGGGAGUUUGUCCGCUAUAGCCUCUCUCUGGAAGCUGGAGCCAGUGGGCCUCAUUGCAGUUGGUUUCUACACAACCCUGCUCGCAAAUAGAAGGCCGGAGGAGGAGGAGGAGGAGGA